CUUGUUCUAUACCCUCGCCCCCUCGCAAUUCGGCAGGAAAAGUUUAACUCUGUCUCCUCAUUCUUGCGCAAAUGAAGUACAAUUGUCUAUGAUCUAUGGGAGUCGGACGGGGCUUUUCGUGGAGUGGGGACUUUACUUGGUUGUCUUUGGCCGAACAUCGCCGCUCUUCUGCCGUACAUGCAAUAGCGUACUUCUAGCAUUAUCCACCGCCCACACAGCCAUACUCUCAACUGAUGGCAACCCCGAUCGACCACCCACCGGCCGCCAUAAACGGGACCCGAUCACCGUCACCAGCCUCUGCCCGUCGGCCCCGCACAUCAACCGGCCCCACAAGCACAACACCACGGCGGUGGACACCCACAUCGGGGAUGCUUGCAACAAAAAUGCCAAUCAACCCGCCGACCAUCACACAAGGCGGCGUCAUGGAGUCGGAACGGCUGGUUGUCAAUCUGACGGGGGCUUUUGGAGGCACUAGCGCUGAAGUCAAAUCAGCCAUAUCACUACCCUCAGCGCCAACACCCAAACCACUCAGUGCAGCAAGAAGACAUAUCAAACCACCAGACCCAAUGCCGCUCGCCUAUGUCCAACCCACCAUAGCCCUGCACACCCACUCCCGCCCACACACGCAAAUCCAUCCCGACAUCGUUACCGGCACCGCACGCCCUCUGAGCGCACGCGCAGCCUCCCCGCGGCAUCCGCGCACCAUGACCGGCUGGGUACCUAGUGAUCCGGUCACUGUCACCAUCGAGACGGAAGCUCCCACACCGCAGAGUACGAAAAGGGCCGAGAGUCUGGUUGCGCCGCUAUCGCCUAUCGUCGUUCCCGUCGCGAUACCGCUGAUCCCCGCGACGACGUUCACCCCAUCCUCAUCGUCAACGCAGCGCCGGAAAUCACGUGGGGACAGUCGGCCCGUGUCUGCGGACCAGGAGAGCACGCUGACGAAGACACCGGGAUAUGAACGGCAUACGGGGGAGGGAGACGCAGAGGCUGGGGACGAGACGGCAGCGUACCAGCAGGUCCCGGACAACCCAUCUGUAUUCGUGAGAGGGGCUGCGGGGGAAAAGACGGGGAUCGGGGGAGGGGCGUUUGGCGCGGUUGAGUUGGGGAGCGGGCGGGUUACGCCGGUGCCGUUUGGAUCACCACCAACCCGCCGCCCGAGCUCCGCUCGCCACCCCACCGCCUUCACCACUCACUCCUCCCGCCCCCCCAGCGGCGCCCCUACCCACCCUUACUACUUCCAUCCGCACACCCACUACAUGCGCUCAACAUCAACAUCCCUCGCAGUCGACCCCGGGGACUCCUCUGUUGCAGGGGGACCCGGGCUGGUUGACGUAGACGCGGACGACGAGAGCACGCAACUGGGGAAAGUGUAUGCGCGCCCGAUGGUACCGGCGCUGGCGAGGGUGCAGACUGUGAGGGGGAAUCUGGAUCGGUAUCGGAUUGAGCAGAUUGCAUUACGAAGACUCCGCUUCGUGAUCGAGAACAACCAAGCGGAGCCGGAUCAUCUUGCGUUGAUCGAUCUCGUGCAGCAGGGCCAAGUGCCCCCCCAGAUCCUCCACCGCUACUUCGGCCCCACCCACUCGACCCCACACGCCCUGCGCAUCCUCCUCCUCCAAUCCAUCGACGCUUCGUCCCGGUCCCUACAUAAUAACCACUCACCCACGCCGACAAGCGACUCCCCGCAACCCCACCUGAGCGCCGACCAUCCAGGAGAUAGACGAGUCGAACCGGAAGGCCGAACCCCGUUCCGCGUCUACACACCCAAACCCACCGCCACGACCCCGGACGAGGUGCUCAAGAUCCUCGAGCAGGUCGAGCGCAGGGGCGGGGGUGCUGCUGGCGGUGGUGGUGGUGGGGUCAAAACACGGAAUAGCACCGGGGCGGUAUCGGCGUAUCUCCGUCGACGGCCAAAGAGCGCGGGUGGGUGGGCGGCACAGAGACAGGGACAGGGACAGGGUGUCCGACGGGAAGUGAGUGUCGCGACUGGGUCAGAUCGGCAGCGCGAGAGGGAGGCGGCGCUGUUGGAGGCUGUUGGGACGGGGAUUGGUGGUGGGGGUGGGGCUGGUGGUGGGAAUAUAAGUACGACGGUGCCGAGGGUGCAGCGGGCGUCGACGGCGGCGUUGAGUGGGGAGGAGUUGUUGAAGGUGAUUGAGCGGAAACGGUUGCAGCAUUUGAAGUUGUGAAUGGUGUGGGGGACGGGAGGAGGGGGGGAUGUAUUUAUGAUGGGGGCUUUUUGGGGCUAUGUACAUAUGCAAACCAUAGAUCUGCCGAUCAAAACCGUACCCAAGAG